CUCUCAUUUUGGAAGGGAUUCAGUCGGCCAUCGCAGAUACACUAACAGCUUCACACUGGCAAUCGAAAGUUCACCUGCUCUGUGUGUGCGAAGAGACUCAUUCAAUUAACCCACCUUGUGAUGCUCCGGUUAAAAAUGACAAGGAAUUUGUCUACGGGAAUCUCGAACACGACACACCAGUUUUGUUGUCUCUGUCCAGAUAUUUAAGAAGUGGAGCAAGCGAAUCGCUGGAUCAUCCUUCCUGCUCAGACUGUGGGGAAGGAUUCACUCGAUCAUCUGACCGACUGGUACGCCCGUCAUUUUACACAGGGGGGAACCCAAUCAUCUGCUCAGACAGUGGGAAUGGAUUCAUCUGUCAUCUCAGCUGAAGGUAUGUCAGCAAGUUCACACUGGGACAAGGCCAUUCAUCUGUUCUAUGGGUGAGAAGGGAAUCAGUCGGUCAUCCCACCUGUGGACUCACCAGUCAGUUCACAUUGGGCAGAGGCUGGUCAUCUGCUGAAUUUGUGGGGAAGAAUUCACUCGGUCAUCUCACCAAAUGGCUCACCGGCGAGUUCACACCGGGGAGCGGCCGUUCACCUGCUCGGACUGUGGGAAGGGAUUCACUAAAUCAUCUCACCUACUGAGACACCAGUCAGUUCACACUGGGGAGAGGCCAUUCACCUGCUUGGACUGUGGGAAGGGAUUCACUUGCUCAUCUGAACUGAAGGUACAUCAGCGAGUUCACACUGGAGAGAGGCCAUUCACCUGCUCAGACUGUGGGAAGGGUUUCACUCAGUCAUGUCAACUGAAGGUACAUCAAAGAGUUCACACUGGGGAGAGGCCAUUCACCUGCUCAGACUGUGGGAGGGAAUUCACUAAGUUAUUUCACCUACAGAGACACCGGUUAGUUCACACUGGAGAGAGGCCAUUCACCUGCUCAGACUGUGGGAAAGGAUUCACUCGGUCAUCCACCCUAAUGGCUCACCAGCGAGUUCACACCAGGGAGCGUCUGUUCACCUGCUCGGACUGUGGGAAGGUAUUCACUUGCUCAUCUAAACUGAAGCUACAUCAACGAGUUCACAAUGGAGAGAGGCCAUUCACCUGCUCAGACUGUGGGAAGGGAUUCACUCGGUCAUCUAAACUGAAGGUACAUCAGAGAGUUCACACCGGUGAGUGGCCGUUCACCUGCUCGGACUGUGGGAAGGGAUUCACAUGCUCAUCUGAACUGAAGGUGCAUCAGCGAGUUCACACUGGGGAGAGGCCAUUCACCUGCUCGGUCUGUGGGAAGGGAUUCACUUUGUCAUCUCAGCUACUGAGACACCAGUCAGUUCACACCAGGCAGUGGCCAUUCACCUGCUCAGACUGUGGGAAGGGAUUCACUUGCUCAUCCCAAAUGAAGGUACACCAGCGAGUUCACACUGGGGAGAGGCCGUUCACCUGCUCAGACUGUGGGAAGGGAUUCAUUUGCUUAUCCCAACUGAAGGUUCAUCAGCGAGUUCACACCGGGGAGAGGCCAUUCACCUGCUCAGACUGUGGGAAGGGAUUCACUUUGUCAUCUCAACUAAAUGUACAUCAGCGAGUUCACACUGGGGAGAGGCCGUUCACCUGCUCAGAAUGUGGGAAAGGAUUCACUCAGUCAUCCCACCUACAAGCACACUGGUCUGCUCACACUGGGGAGCGGCCGUUCCCCUGCUCAGACUGUUGGAAGGGAUUCUCUUCGUCAUCUCAACUUAAGGUACAUCAGCGUGUUCACACUGGGGAGAGGCCAUUCCCCUGCUCAGUGUGUGGGAAGGGAUUCACUCGGUCAUCACAUCUACUGAGACACCAGCAAGUUCAUACUGGGUAGAGGCUGAUCACCUGCUCAGACUUAGGGAAGAGAUUCUCUCAGCCAAAUCAACCAAAUGUGCAUCAUUGAGUUCACACUGGGGAGAGGCUGUUCACCUGCUGUGAAUGCAGGAAGCGAUUCACUCAGUCAUCUAACCUUGUGUAACUCUCGCAGCUUAAUAUAGGGGGUGAUAGCCCCCCAGCCCGGCCGAACUUAAGAAAUCUCAUUUGGGUGGAUGCUGCAUGAUGUGUGCCCUGUUACAAAUCAGUACCCCAAAAUAACAAACAGUACACAAUAUGGGAUUAAACGAUUGAGCUUUAUCAUUCUUACUUUGACUGUAGGGUUAGUGAAGUAAACAAAAAAAAGAAAAAGGGCCAACUCUCUCCAUUCACGUCUUCUCAUCUCUCCCCAGCAAAAAACCACGAAAAUCUGUCUUCCAGACUGACAAGAAAGAACAUUUCUGUCACUGGAUAGCCCCGCACUCCAAAACUCUGUUAUCUCUAGCCGUAAUCUAAACAUUGCUGCUACAGGGAAACCAUUACCUCAGCAGUGAAACAUUACAGAGAGCCAUUACAUGAGCAGUGAAACCUUAUAGCAUGUUACACUUACGACACACUACCCGUUUCACACUGGGGAGAAACUUGCAAUAAGCUGCAUGUUGGAUAUUUAUCCAUCACUGUGCUGAAUGCAAUUUCGAGAGUGACUGUCGGUGCUGAACUCUGCUAUUAUUGCUGCUGCUCACCACACCCAGUUCUGCACCCUGGUCACUGGGCAUGGGAGGAGAUUCUUCUGCUGCACAUUCAUCUUUAAUGUGACUGGAGCUUAAUGUUCUAGAUCUGAGACAAAAUAAAUCGGUUCAAAUUUAAACCAUGUCUUUGGUACUUAGUGAAUUUAUAACACAGCUAGUGUACUCAGGCCUGCUGGAACCUGCCAGUGAUUCAGUUCCACGAAAGUCCUUUUAAAUCCUCCCCUGUUAUUCAUCUCUCGCUGUCCGUGUGGUGAUGGGUUGCAGUCACCACUCUGUGGGUGAAGCGGUUUCCCUUGAAUUUUCUGCAGACUGAAGAAGUCGAGCUGACUGCAGUUCUGUCUGAGAAGUUCUUCGCCCCUCUAAUCUCUGGGCUGAGGAAGAAUAACAUUGGUAGUUAACCUCCUUAGUCAUGACUCAUUUCCACAUUAUGGAUCAUUUUCCCUACUUCUAAAGGGUUGUUGAAAACACCACUGUCCUCUAAAGGCUGAAAGCAGAAUGGGAAAGCAUCAGUUGAAUGUUCACCGAAGCAGGGUCAGAAACCAGAGGCAGUUCUGUACAGGCCAGAGAUUGGGGCUCUAGACGAUGGUCGGAGUAGGAACGUAUGAUGAGGAGAAGGGAAUCAACAGCAAGGCAUGGCAGUGAGUGACAGAGUAGUAACAUUUGGAAGCUGAUCUGACAGAAAAUAAUUCAGUUGUCUGACUGAUGACACAAACAAUGCAUGUGGUGAGGUGCUCCACUGGUGAGAAUGGUUUUAUCUAUUGAGGGAGUUGUUCCUGCUUGUUUAUCCUGUAAUAUUAUAUGUGGAUGGUUGUUUUAGAUUAUCCCAUCUGUAAUAAUGUAUUGAUUACCAGAUAAAUUGUGAAAUUCUGUCCCUAACUGGAUCAGGCCUGAAUUUAUGGUGCCUUAAUGAAGUUAUGGUGGUAAUUCAAGAGUUUGUAUUUUAAAGCUAUAUUUUGGUGAAUGAUAUUUGCCACUUGAUUGUACCUUCAUAAGUAAUCAGAUUGAGUUAAACUGCUGCAGGAUCCUGGAAUGUGUUGGAUUGUGUCUGGUUUCUCCUGGCAUUUUCUGCAUUUACUGCCUUGUUUGUUUGUAUUGUGUGUAUUUUUGAUUUUUUUUCUUUUUGUUAACCACCUUGUCCUGUGUUUCUGCAAGGAAUCCCUCCGUUUCUGGGAAGAGGUCUCCAACUCUCAGGCAGGUGCUCGAUGCUUCCUUGUCACCAUCUCAUCUGCUCAGAUCAUUGGGAUGUCUCCCAUGGAGGGUCAUACUCAUUCCACUGGUUAAUGUUUUCU